AUGCCGAUCCUGGUCAGCGCAGCUGCCGUGUUUGCAACGACGGGGCAGGCUGACAUGCUGCGCACCCUGGGCCUCUGCCUCUCUUCCAUCCUUAUCAUCGCCUGGCUCAAUCUGUCCAACGACUACUUUGACUCCCUCACCGGGGUGGACACCCACAAGUACGAGUCCUGGGUCAACAUCACCCGCUCCCCCAGGACCAUCUUCGUGACUGCGCACGCCUCCCUCCUGGCCGGCGCAGGCAUGCUCUUCUGGCUCCUGUCUCAGUCCCCUGCCAUUGCCAGCAAGAUGCUAUACGCCGCGAUAUGCUGCGGCUACCUGUACCAGGGCCCGCCAUUCCGCCUCUCGUAUCAAGGUCUUGGCGAGGCCCUCUGCUUUGUGGCAUUCGGGCCGCUGGCUGUCAAUGCAUUUUAUCUUGCACAGGGGGCCCCAGCCCUCAGCACCCAGUCCUGCAUCCUGUCGGUCCUGGUGGGCGUCUCGACCAGCGCCAUCCUCUUCUGCUCCCACUUCCACCAAGUCAAGGGCGAUCUGGCGGCGGGCAAGCGCUCCCCCAUUGUACGCCUCGGCACCGAGACCGGCGCGCAGGUGCUCAAGGUGACGGUGGGACUGGUGCACGUCGGGCUCCUGGCCACCAGUCUGCUGGGCUACCUGCCGCUCACAUGCUGGACCUCGGCCAUGGUGGCCUACGGCUCCGCCAAUGCCAUGGUGUCCCUGGCAGAGAAGAACGCGCACGACCCAGAGGCGCUACGGCCCCUGAAGCUCCUGGCGACCCGCUGGCACAUCCUCUUCUGCACCAUGUUGUGCCUCGGUCUGGUGCUCAAGCGAGCCAUGCUGACGUAG